AUGUCUCUGGACACGAAUGGGAAAGUGUCUCUGGACACGGCCAAAGACCAAAAAACUGAUUACUCAAAAUGGCGGUUGAUUGACGAACAGGGCCGCCAAUCCUGGCGGUACCUCGAGUCUGACGAGGAGGCGGCAAAGUGGCCACAGACGACGGCUGAGAAGCAUUUCCUGGGUUUGGACACUGACUUGCCAGACGUACCCAAGGCACAAACGCCGUUACAGGCUGCCCAAGGGGCCAUGUCGUAUUUGAGCCAACUGCAGAUGGCUUCGGGACAGUGGGCGAGCGAGUGCACUGGACCCCACUUCAUCCUGCCCUGUGUAAUCCUGGCCGGGUAUGUGACGGGCACUCCCCUUCCCGCCGGGUAUGCUGUCGAGAUCCAGCGGUACCUGUUUGCGAGCCAGCGUGUCGCCGACGGAGGCUGGGGGUGGCAUGCUGAGGCUGACAGUAGUUCAGCCAUUGCCACAGCCCUCAACUACGUCGUCCUGCGAUUGCUGGGGGCGAGCAGAGACGACCCGCGCCUAGUCAGGGCACGGGAGCUGCUGCACACGUUUGGUGGAGCUACACACGUUCCGGGCAUCGGCAAAUUCUGGCUCUGCGUCCUAGGGGUCAUGAAGUGGGAAUGCGUCAAUCCAUUCCUACCCGAGUUGUGGCUCUCGUCCGACUCGGAUCCCGCCGCGCCGAGCAAAUGGUAUCUCCAUACGCGGACCAACUUCACCUCCAUGUCGUACGUAUGGUCGAAGCAGUGGAGUUAUGGCGGGGAUGCCGUCACCGAGCAGCUCAAAGCCGAGCUCUACACGCGGCCGUACAACACAAUCAACUUCGCGGCCCACCGCAGCUCCCUCGCCGCCGUAGAUAACAACUAUCCAAAAUGGUGGCUCGUGAACCUCAUGAACUGGCUGACCGUUGCCGUAUACCUGCCGUACAUGCGCAAGCCCACCACAGCAUACAGUGGUGAGCGCAAAGUCUGGGACCUCAUCGUGGCCGAAGACAAAAACACCGAGUACAUUGGGCUCUCACCCAUCAGCAAGGCCGGGAACCUCGUCGCCAGCUACAUCGAGGAGGGGCCUCACGGGAGCUCAGUCCGCGCCCAUCGGCAAACCAUGACGCAGUACUUUUGGAUGACCAAGGACGGCAUGGCCUGCAACCUCUCGGACGGCAUCCAGGUCUGGGACACGUCGCUAGCAGUGCAGGCCCUCGGCGCGGCGGGUGCUGGCGCUGACCCCAAGUUCCACUCGACACUCGUCAGGGCCCAUGCCUUCCUGGAGGACCACCAGUUGCUGGAAAAUGUACCGGACCAGGAAAAGUGCUACCGAUGGCCUCGCAAGGGCGGGUGGCCGUUCAGCACCAGAUACCAGGGCUACAUGAUCAGCGAGUGCACCGGCGAGGGCCUCCGCUCCGUCAUGCAGCUUCAAGAGAUGAGCCACUUGGAUCUAGCCCAGCCGAUACCCGAGCAAAGGCUACGCGACGCCGUCGACUGUCUGCUCAACUUGCAGAACGACACAGGUGGCUUCGGAGUCUACGAGAAGCGAACAGGUUCGCCCAAGCUCGCGUGGCUGGAGAUGGGCGAGUUUGUGGGCAAGACCAUGGUCACAUACGACUUUGUCGAGUGCACCACGGCCGCAGUAUCCGCCCUUUUGGCUUUUAGCAAGGUGUAUCCCGGCUACCGUGCCGCCGAUAUCGAGACGACGACGGCGCAGGGGCUGUCCUUUAUCAAAAAAUCGCAAAAGUCCGACGGUGGCUGGUAUGGUGCCUGGGGCGUCUCUUUCACCUAUGCGGGAAUGUUUGCGCUCGAAACCCUAGCCCUCGCGGGAGAGACGUACGCGACCGGUGAGGCGUCGCGUCGCGGAUGCGACUUCCUCGUCGACAAGCAAAAGGCUGAUGGGGGCUGGGGAGAGUCUUACCUGAGCUUGCAGCGUGAAGAGUACGUUCAGCAUCAAGAGUCCCAGGUGGUGCAGACGGCCUGGGUCUGCAUGGCGCUGAUGCACGCCGCAUACCCUGACAUGGAGCCUAUAAAACGUGGACUCAGAUUGAUCAUGUCUCGGCAGCAAUCCAAAGGGCAAUGGUACCAAGAGGCACUCGAGGGUGGUGUCGGAGAUGGGGUAAUCUCCUAUUCCAAUUACAAGCUUUACUGGCCAAUCCGAGCUUUGGCUGAAUACGUGAACAGAUUUGGAGACGGGAAGCUGUGA